UAACUACUAAUUGCAUCAGAACAAUGAAAUGCAGUAUAAUGUAAUUUAAUUAUACUACUAAAAAAAAUGAAGAUGCAAUGGAAGUUAAAGUUUUAUAAAAGUAGUUAAUGAUGGGAGUUUCAUGAGAACAAUCCAAAAGCUACUUGUAUUUUACUUCCCCAAAAAGUUGUAACCUUUCUAACUUUCUCAGCUAUCUUCUUAGCACUAAAAAAGAGGAAGAAGCUGCUGAUAGAGAAAUGAGAGAAUGAGAUAUGGGUACAAGAAUUUGAAAGCAUGCUUUGUCGGCCAUUAAAGCUUCAACCAAGAGCUCUCAUCCAUUCUUUGAAUUUCCCUUAGAUUUUUCUCCAUAAUUUUUCUAAAGACCCUGAUUUUGUUUUUCAAUUUUACCCAUUAAACUUUUUUUUUUUGGGUGGGAUCACAGAAAAAAAACCCCUCAUUCAUUGCAUUUUGAGUGUUAUAGCUUCAAAAAGGCCAUCAUUCACCUUGGAAAAUGAAGUAACCUUAUACUUUUACAUUUUUUUUUCACUUUUUCAGCUCUAAUUUUGCCUUUUUCUUAAAUGAUCCCCACAAAUCUUGGGGAAAGCUGAAUUGGGUAUGGUUUACAUGUUGUUUUUGAUAAUGGGUUAUUGUUAUAAUACUGUAUUUCCGCCUUAUAGAAGCUCUCAGGCAUGGUGGAGUUGUUGCCUCUCAUUUUUCUUCUUAACAAAUAAUGGCCUAAGAGGUAUGGCUAUUAUCUUUUCUUGAUCCUAUUUCAUUAGAAUUUUUUAGGGUUUAGUUUUGCAAUCAUAAGAACUGUUUAACAUUAAUCAUUUAUAGUUGUUUUUCCUGUUAGAUUUAUACCAAAUUAAGGGUUCUUAGAAUGCCAAUGCUUACUAAACCCCAUAAUUUUAGGGUAUGGCUAUUUCUCAUUAUCAAUGCCCUAGAAAUUUACCUGUCUUUAGGCUUAAAUCCUGAUGGGGUUUGUCUUUUAGAGCUGAAAAAUGGGUUUAAUGAUAGAUACAAUAACUUAAGGAAUUGGGAUGUUAAUGGUGAAACACCAUGUAAAUGGAGAGGUGUGACUUGUUCCAACAGUACUUACCAACCUGUUGUUCUGUCUCUUGAUUUGACAAUGAUGAAUCUUUCGGGUUCGUUAGGACCGAGCAUUGGCUGUUUAACCCACCUCAUUGUUCUUGAUGUUUCUUUCAAUUCUUUGAGUGGGGGUAUACCUUCUGAGCUCGGGAAUUGCUCGUCGUUAGAGUCGCUUUCGUUGAAUGACAAUCAGUUUGAAGGUCCUAUUCCUGCUUCAUUGGGUAGUUUGGCUUCCUUGCAAUACCUUAAUUUGUGCAAUAACAAGUUGUCGGGUUCAAUUCCUGAAGAGUUUGGGAAUCUUUCGUCGUUGGUUGAAUUUGUGGCAUACACGAAUGGUAUCGGUGGCCCAUUGCCACGGUCGCUUGGGAAUCUCAAGCGGCUGCAGAAAUUUCGAGCUGGGCAAACUUCAAUCAACGGAAGUUUGCCUGCUGAGAUCGGAAAAUGUGAAAACUUGGAGUAUCUUGGACUGGCACAAAAUGAGCUUGUUGGGAAUAUACCUAAAGAGAUUGGGAUGCUUAUCAAAUUGACCGAAUUGAUUCUUUGGGGUAAUCAAUUGUCGGGUACUAUCCCGAUUGAGAUUGUGAAUUGUACUAAUCUCGAGACUCUUGCUUUAUACCAGAACAAUCUUGUUGGGGGGAUUCCUGCAGAAAUCGGGAAUCUUAAGUAUCUUAAAAGAUUAUACCUUUAUAGGAAUCAGCUAAACGGAACUAUUCCUAAAGAAAUUGGGAAUCUUUCUUUAGCUUUAGAGAUUGAUUUUUCCGAAAACUUUUUGGUCGGGAAAAUUCCAGCCGAGAUAGGCAAUAUCAAGAAUCUGUCGCUUCUUUAUCUUUUCCAGAAUCAGCUUACGGGUUCUAUACCCAUUGAGUUAAGUACCUUAAGAAACUUAACGAAGCUGGAUCUCUCGAUCAAUUAUCUCACGGGUCCUAUCCCGACUGGUUUUCAGUACUUAACUCGGAUGAUUCAACUGCAGCUCUUCAACAAUAAUUUAACCGGUAGCAUUCCUCGAGGGCUUGGCAUAUACAGCCCACUCUGGGUUGUUGAUUUUUCCGCUAAUAAGUUGACUGGAAGGAUUCCUCCAUUUCUUUGUCGUCACUCUAAUUUGAUAUUAUUGAAUCUCGAUUCAAAUAAGCUUUAUGGGAACAUCCCAGAUGGGGUCCUAAACUGCCCGUCGUUGGUGCAGCUUCGUUUGGUUGGAAAUAGGUUGACGGGAAGCUUUCCUACCGAAAUGUGCAAAUUGAAGAACCUGUCUGCUGUUGAGCUUGGGCAGAACAGGUUUAGUGGCCCCAUCCCCCCUGAAAUCGGAAAUUGUAAUAGGUUGCAACGGCUUGAUCUUGCCAACAAUAAUUUCGGUAUGGAAUUGCCGAAGGAGAUUGGUAAACUGUCACAGUUAGUGACGUUCAAUAUCUCUUCCAAUUUUCUCACAGGAAAAAUCCCGAUUGAUAUAAUCAAAUGUAAGAUGCUUCAGCGCCUUGACCUUAGUUUCAACCGCUUUGACGGUGUUCUGCCAGCUGAACUUGGAACCCUUUUGCAGCUUGAGCUUCUCAUGCUUUCGGAAAAUAAAUUUUCCAGAAACAUCCCUGCUGCAUUAGGAAAUCUCACUCGAUUGACCGAGCUGCAAAUGGGUGGAAACUCGUUUUCUGGUCCGAUACCAUCUUCUCUCGGAAAUCUUGCAGGAUUGCAGAUUGCUUUGAAUCUCAGCUAUAAUAAUCUCUCGGGUACAAUACCGUCAGAACUUGGAAAUCUUAUUCUUCUCGAAUAUCUAUACCUUGAUAAUAACCACUUAACUGGCAACAUUCCUAACACGUUUGGAAAUCUUUCGAGCUUAUUGGGUGUAAAUUUCUCGUAUAAUGAUUUAACGGGGCCUAUACCUUCGAUACCAUUGUUCCAAACCAUGGAAGCCAGCAGUUUUCUCGGAAAUAAAGGUCUUUGUGGCCAACCUCUUGCUGCAGCUUGCAACGACACAUCAACAUUUAAUUAUGUUCCGCCUCAAGCAAACGUUGAAUCUUCCCAGGGGAAAAUAAUCACGGUGAUUGCAGCUACUGUAGGCGGUAUUUCGCUCAUUUUUAUCGUUGUUAUAUUGUUCUACAUGUGGAGACCUGUUGUGGCGUCUGUCGAAGAAAAUGGCGAUGAUUCCUCGGUUUCAGAUAUAUACUUCCCUCCUAAGGAAGGUUUUACUUUCCACGAUCUCAUCGUGGCAACGAACAAUUUUCACGACAUUUACGUUAUUGGAAGUGGUGCAUGUGGGACGGUGUACAAAGCAGUAAUGCACACGGGUUUAACGAUUGCUGUCAAGAGACUGGAUUCUAACAGGGAGGGGAACAACAUCGAGAACAGUUUCCGGGCAGAGAUUUUAACUCUUGGAAAGAUUCGACACCGGAAUAUUGUGAAGCUAUACGGGUUUUGCCAUCACCAAGGUUCAAAUUUGCUGCUUUACGAGUACAUGUCGAGAGGCAGCUUGGGUGAAUUGCUUCAUGGACCUUCAUGUAGCUUAGAUUGGCCUACUCGAUUCUCAGUUGCACUCGGUGCUGCCCAAGGUCUAGCUUAUCUACACCAUGACUGCAAACCGAGGAUUAUUCAUCGUGAUAUUAAAUCCAACAAUAUUCUACUAGAUGAAAAGUUUGAAGCGCACGUCGGUGAUUUUGGGUUGGCUAAGGUUGUUGAUAUGCCUCAUUCAAAAUCAAUGUCUGCAGUUGCUGGGUCAUAUGGAUAUAUUGCCCCUGAAUAUGCAUACACAAUGAAGAUUACCGAAAAGUGCGACAUCUACAGCUACGGAGUAGUUCUUUUGGAAUUGUUAACAGGAAGAACCCCGGUACAACCACUAGACUUGGGAGGUGAUCUUGUUAAUUGGGUCAAAAACUACAUCCGGGCUAACUCAUUGACGCCUGGAUUGCUCGAUGCUCGGUUGAACCUACAAGACACAGGCACCGUUGAUCAUAUGAUAACUGUCAUGAAACUUGCUUUACUCUGCACAAACUUAUCCCCAUUUGAUCGCCCAUCAAUGAGGGACGUUGUGUUGAUGCUCAUUGAAUCUAAUCAAGUAGAUGGAAACUCCAAUGACUCCCCGUCUUUUCAUGAUAUACCUCUCAAGGAUAAUGCUGUCUAAUCGAGAAAGUACAAAAUGCAGGCUUUGUGGUUAACCAAAAUCGUAGUGUAUAGUCUAUUAUUUCUUUUUCGUUUUCGUAGCCCGCCAUUUUGUUGGGUAUGAUAUAGAAGUACUAAUUAUUACUUAGCUCUUGAUUAAGAUGAGCUUAUAGAGAAUUGUACUUUAGAAACAUAGUCUUCUGGCUGUGUUCAUAGAGCUUUUUAACUUUCAGAUAAUUUAUUGGUAGUAAAUAAAUAUUGUGGAUUUCUCUGUGCUUUGCCUAGUUAGACCUUCUCGAAGAGCGCCUUUGAUCUGAAGUAACUCAGAAGCUCUUCCUUUUUAUAUGUCGGCCAGAGGUGUUUAACUGGUUGGGUCACAUUUAAUGGGUUAAUAGUGGGCCGGGUCAAUAAUGGGCCUUGGUGUAAAGGACAUGGGACCAAAAUCUUCUAGCAGUAGCACCAAACGGACAGCAGCGAGCAGCCACAUUGAUCCAACAAAGCGCGGCAGCUCUAGCCUCUAGCAGCAUUAACAACAUUGAUCAGACGAAGCACAGCAGCCUUAGCAACUAUAACAUCAAUGCCCGAAUUCGCAUAGGACAUGGCUUGAGUUCUCGAUUAAAAACCCUAUUAAUAUUUGAUUGUGAAACAUAUGAUACUAAGAAUGGUAGUCGGGUUAGUUCAACUCACGUCUGAGAAUGGUAGUGGGGUUAGUUCAACACACAUGCAGACGAGAGUGUUCGGCCCAUCCUAUACUAAUAUUUUGAAUAAAUCGGAAAAUGCUCAACAAGUUGGUUCAAACAAACCUAAGAUUGAGAUUUAUGUGUUAAGUGGUGAAGGAUGAAACUGACAGACCAAAUUAACAAACUUAUCACAUUUCUGCUUAAAGUGGCGCACCAAAGCUCCUCAAAAGUCAAAAUCCACUUUUAGGAAAUUGGUCGAGUUUCCAAUUUUAGAUUAUGUUGAAUUUUAACAAGUCUAAAUAAUUCAGAACGAAAUCAAAGGAUAUCUUUUUUGAUUCAUGCAUAUUCAU